AUGGCAAGCAAGAAAAACAAAAAAAGAAAACAGAGAGGAUCAGGCUCUUCGACUCACAGUGAGUCCGACAUGAUAAACAAACAAGGAGACCACGAAGACAUUAGAAGCUCUAUCGACGCCUUGAUCAAAGCUUUGGAAGCGGGAUUCGCCAGCUUACGCGCCGACUUCGAAAAACUUAGACAAGAACUCAAACAUGAGAUAGAAGAAAUGAAAAGUGAAGUAAAAUCGCUAAAAGAAAGCGUAAGAUUUACACAAGACGAGGUGGACACGUUGAGGGAAGAUUCAAAGAGAAACACGGAGGAAAUGAAAGAAGGUCUGGAAGAUCUCAGCAUGAGAGUAGCACAGUUGGAAAAGAAAUUGGAAACUGCAGUAGAAGAAAAUAUUAAGCUUGAACAAUACACCCGUCGAGAAAACUUACGUUUUAACAAUAUUGCAGAGCAGGAAGGCGAGGAUUGUAAAGCUCUGAUUCGUGGCGUAAUUCAAAACGAAAUGGGCAUAGACGCGUCGCACAUAAAAUUCGAUGCAGUUCACAGAGUGGGUAAGAAAAUCCAGAAUAGAUGCAGACCCAUCAUCGCCCGUUUCAUCAGCCGUGAAGACAGGAACGAAAUUUGGAGCAACAGAGGUAAGAUAAAGCAUUCAAACAAUUACCCCGAUGCCUACCUAACCGAAGAUUUCGCGAAAGCGAUACAAAAUGAAAGAAAGGUAUUAAUCAAAGCGAUGAUGAAGGCAAGGGAAAGUCAAGGGCAUCCAAACGCGAAGGUUGUUGGACGAUAUCUUUUAAUUAAUAACGAAAGAUAUGAUUAUAAGAAUAUCCCAGCCUACUUAAAGUAA